AUGAUAAGACGCGACAACAAGGGGAACUACGCGCUCUACCAGUGCGGGAUGUGCGGUAAAUCCUAUUCGUGGAAGUCCUCUUACCAUCGGCACUUGAGGGAGGAGUGCGGCAAGCAGCAAAGGGCGAAAUGCAAAAAUUGCGGGAGGCAGUAUCGUUGGCGGGAUUCGUUGAACAAACACUUGAAAUACGAGUGCGGCGUGGAGCCCAAGUACACGUACUCGAAGAGGGACCACAAUCGCGUCAACUACGACGCGCCGUUCACCUGUUACAAAUGCGGGAAACGUUACACAUGGACCGACUCCUUGACGAGACACCUUCGGGAGGGCUGCGGGAAGUUGCCAAGGCAUAAGUGUACCCUGUGCGCUUACUGCGGUUCAGACUAUUACAAGAGACUUGGGAGACACUUCUGUUCGAAUUGUGGCAAGGAGUACAGAUGGAUGCAGUCUCUGAUUAGGCACGAGAAAGAAGAAUGCGGCAAGGACCCGCAACACUCUUGUCCAGUGUGCGGGACGAAAAUCCGCCACAAAUGGAUGUUGAAGAAACACUUGAUCAACGUUCAUCAUUGGGUUAUUCCUAAUGGGAAAAACUUUUAUCUUGGAUCGACAGAUGGCAGACUCCCUAAACAAUUUGUCUGCGACAAAUGUGGAAAGACGUAUAAAUGGAGGGAGUCGUUGCAGCAGCAUCGUCGACUAGAAUGUGGAAUCGAGCCUCGAUUUGCCUGCAUCUUUUGCGGUAGAAGAUUCAAGCAUAAACAUCAUUUGAAAGAACAUUUGAAGAGGCGUCAUCAUUGCGAUCAAUUGAAAACAUCUUGGUUAAACGAAUAA